AGCCAUUCCGGCAUAACCAUCUUCUAUCUUCUCUUUGCUUUGCCAUUUGUCUCUUCGUUUUUUCAAAGACAACGUUUGAUUUUGUUCGGUUUUUAUUUCUUCUUCAAACAGAAAAACAAAAAAAUUACGUUGUUUUCAAAUACGUUUGUAGUAAUUAGUUUUGUUUUCCAAAUACAAAAACAUAAACUCGUAGUCUUGUUUCUUGUUUUUGUGGUUUUUUGGGAUUUAUAUAUUCUUGAAUCCGCCACCCUCCGACGCCAGCGCCGCCCUGAAAUGGCCACGAGAGGUUUAGUUUUAUAUUUGUUGGUGUCCUUCUCGGCGGCUGUUCUGUCGGCUAAUUUUCUUAUACCGGACUAUUCAAAUAUUCAGAAAUCAUCAAAUUCUACUUUUCUCAGUUCUUCUAAUGUCUCCGCCACUGAAAGAGUUUGGCCUGAAUUGGAAUUCAGUUGGAGAAUUGUAUUGGCUACAAUUAUAGGAUUUUUGGGUUCAGCAUGUGGGACUGUUGGUGGAGUUGGAGGUGGAGGAAUUUUUGUUCCUAUGCUUAAUUUGAUUGUUGGAUUUGAUACUAAAUCCUCUGCUGCUCUUUCUAAAUGUAUGAUAAUGGGUGCAUCAGCAUCAUCAGUUUGGUAUAAUUUGAGAGUGCCACAUCCAACAAAAGAAGUGCCAAUUCUUGAUUAUGAUUUGGCUUUGCUUUUUCAACCUAUGCUUAUGCUUGGUAUCACCAUUGGUGUUUCCUUGAGUGUUGUUUUUCCUUACUGGCUAAUUACUGUGCUUAUUAUCAUACUCUUUAUAGGAACUUCUUCUAGGUCUGCCUUUAGGGGAAUUGAAAUGUGGAAAGAAGAGACAAUCUUCAAUAAAGAAUGGGCAGAGCAACGGAGAACUCUGGUUAACUCACGUGGCGAACUUUUAAUUGAUACAGAGUAUGAGCCAUUGGUACCUAGAGAAGAGAAGUCAGAAAUGCAAGUAGUGUGCUUCAACCUAAGGUGGAAAAGGCUUUUGGUGCUUCUAUUUGUUUGGUCAUUUUUCCUUCUUCUUCAAAUUGCCAAGAAUGAUGUGGCAGCUUGCAGUACAUGGUAUUGGGUGCUCUUUUGUUUACAGUUUCCUGUAGCAUUUGUGUUAUUCGGCUAUGAAGCAGUGAAAUUAUACAGAGAACAUACAAAGAGAAUGAGCACGGGCAACACCGAAUCAAUCUGCGAGGCUUCAAUUGCAUGGACCCCGUUGCACCUUACGUUCUGUGCACUCUGUGGUAUCUUGGGAGGAACAGUCGGUGGUCUACUCGGUUCCGGUGGUGGUUUCAUUCUCGGCCCUCUUCUCCUCGAGAUUGGUGUCAUCCCUCAGGUAGCAAGUGCAACAGCAACAUUUGUAAUGAUGUUUUCAUCAUCAUUGUCUGUGGUGGAAUUUUAUCUGCUAAACAGAUUCCCUAUUCCUUAUGCAUUGUACCUCACAGGAGUGUCAGUAUUAGCUGGCUUCUGGGGACAAUUUUUUGUAAGGAAGCUAAUUGCAAUUCUCAGAAGAGCAUCACUUAUUGUAUUCAUCCUCUCUGGUGUCAUUUUUGCCAGUGCUCUCACCAUGGGUGUGGUUGGCACAAUGAAGAGCAUAAAAAUGAUAAACAAUCAUGAAUUUAUGGGAUUCUUAGGUUUCUGCAGCAGCCAAUGAUCAUUGACACUGCAAUUUUUUCAAGUAGAAAAUUAGGUGGAGGAAAUCAGCAAGUGCAAAAAAAAAGAGAUUGUAAUGGAUUGUUGGUCAAUAUCUAGUUGACUCACUUUCAUUGCAACAAUUAAAAGGGUAUGAUAGUCAUUUGUUAUGUGUAUCAAUUUGAUGAGUGUUGGCUACAAAUUUUUAGAGAUUUAUUUCUUGAUGAGUGUUAGCUACUGGCUGACACCAUUGCAACAUUUAUAUUGUAAGGAAUUACUUUUUUUAUUUGCAACAAUUGUAGCAUUUUUAGUA